AUGCAGGGCGAGCGGGCCCAAGUAGACAAUGGUGCUCAAGGGAACGGAGGGGGGGAGGGACGCACUCCGGCCUUUGCCGGAUCACGAGUAGCAAGGCAUCAAUAUGCGGAAACCCCUAAAUACUGCCUGUGGACCUUUCGACCCCAGCCAGAAACCAAUGGAACACCUCCAAAGAAACCUGCAAAAUUGUCUUCUGAAAUUAUCUUAAAAUCAUCUACAGACAUGUGCGACCACCCUUCUCAAAAAUGGAAGCGGGACCGAACGCGACACAUCUAUUUCCCCAGGCUGAUGCUGAGAUUAAAGCGAGUGCACGUUCCUAUUAACACUGCCGAGUCAAAUACACCGAAAAAAUUGUGUCCGGACUCUGCCCCCCUUGUUGCCUUAAAUUCGAUCCUGGGAUACGGGCUUGCAACUGUUCGAUCUCUACUAUCCUUCCUUGCGCGAAGUUUCCUGACUGACUUCGUCGCAAACAUGCUGCUCGCCGCGAUCAUGUUCAAUAGUAAAAUACCGUUGACGACGGAGACAGUUUUGCGUAUCGGUACAAUCGCCAUAUGCAUAUACGACUACGUUCGUACCAUCCCAGCAGAGUACAAGUUUUGGAGGGACAAAGGUCCUCAGAUUCGCCCCAACCUCGUCUUGUUUGUCCUUAUUAGGUACAUCAAAUCAUGUCGGAGGUUUUAUAUGGUCGCCGUCGUAUUAAAAGUCAUGCAGGCAACCGUGUGCCAAUUUGUCCUUGCGCUGCGAACGUACAGCAUCUCGAGACGCUCGCAGCGUGUGAAGAUCUUUCUUAUUGCUUUCACGCUGAUAAUUACCACCCUGGAGUGGUUCACUAACUUGUAUGGAAGACUCAUGCUCCAGACGAACGGCAAUUGCACUUCUGGGAAUGAACCUACGAAAUUAGUGAACUGGACCUUCUACAUCUGGGCAAUGAUGUAUGAUAUUGUGACUCUUGGCCUCUCGACCUAUUACUUGAUCAAGGCUGGCGGGGCCAGCGUGUCUUCUAUGACUGGUCUAGUUAGGGCGAUGGUUAUGGAUGGACUAGGGUAUAUCGUUAUUCUUACCAUCACGAAUACGCUCAACCUCAUUCUAUACCGUGCAUCGAAACUCGACGCCCAAGCUGCUGCGGCGAGUCUUGGUUUCACCUUCACAUGGAUUAUGACACAGAACAUCCUCAUCAAAACACGCGACGCUGGGGUCCGCUCGUUCAAAUCCUUGCAGCCAUCGAGUGGCAGAAACCCGUACAGCAGCAGCAGAUCAGAUGAUCAGACCAACAUGCCCGUUACUACGUCGCGAGGAAUCGAGCUCGAAGUCCAGGUCAAGAUCGAUCGCGACCGUACAGUGGACCAGCAGGGGGUGAAGUGGGGUGUAACGGAAAUCGACCUUAAGCCAGAUCUGGAGCAUUAGAAUAUCGCUGAUUUGACCAAGUAGCAUUGAUCUGUGAUUUAUCUUCUUGUUCUUCAUUCUUCUGGGUUUUGUGGGUUCUAAAUCGCUAAUUUUUGGGGUUCAUAAUGUACAAGUGGACGUUAACAGAGGAUUGUCUUACUCUCCUUUGUAUAAUUAAAAUAUCCG